UUUGAAAGCCGAGGUUCGACCGAAGCUCCACCAGUAUCUCGCUUUCUUCUUUCCUUUUUCACGAAAUUCAUGUAUCAGUAGUUUAGAACCGCUUGUUUUUCUCUUGCACUCUUUCUCGGAGUCUUUACAGCGUCCGUGGCCGUUUUCUUGUUAAAACGUGCUGUAUUCGUGUCCUUUCGACGACCACUGCUCGAGUCCUCAAUUUCCAACAUGGCCGGACUGAAACCAAGAGCUGGAAGCUACCUCGAGUUAGAACUUCCACAACGAAAGAAUUCGCUGGAUAUUAUCCCUAAUGCGGUACUCUCUCCAAUAACAGAGCUGGCUUUGAAUUUUGAGAACAGUUUGGGUAGGACGCCAAAAAGAAAGCUUUCUUUAUGUGGAGACGAUCCUUCGACGCCGAACGCCGGUUUCCAGAGGUCGCUUUCAACAGUGUCCAACGAGUCCGGCUACUGCCCCGAUUCACCUCCAGGGUUUCUUUUCGACUCGCCUUCAAUGGAAAUGUUGAAGGCCAACGCCGAAAAGAGGAAACAAAGGAGACCUUCUUUCAAAAGGUGGAACUCGUUGCCAGUGAAGACUGGAGAGGAUCCUUUUACUGCAAACAAAGAAAACAUUGAAUUGAAUUUUGAUACUGUAAAGGAGAGAGAAACAGAACGAACAGAAACUGUUUGUCCUUCGGAGGAAAAGGAAUUCACGUUUGCGCGGCCAAAAUGUCCAGUUGGAGGAAGAAAAACAUCAGUGCACAAUUUACCUGGGAGAUCUUUAUCUGAACCUUCACCCCUGUCCCAGGAAUUGUGCAUUCCAUCUUCCCCAUCAGUGAGUGAUAGUCGAGAUAGUGGAACGUGUGUCUUUGAUUACAAAGCAGAUGGAGAUGAUGAUGGAUUUAUUGAUGACUUUGUUCAAGAACAAUCUAGUGAGGGUGGUAGUUUAGAAGUACCAUCAGGAAUAACAGAACUUGUCAGUGCACCAUUAGUCUCGAAAGAAGUGGAAACUGAGGAUACAAGGAAAAGCUCCAAAGACACACCAAAGGCAUCUGGACCAGGCUAUAAACCAAGAGACUUGUUCAAUGCUGGAAGAGAUAGAGCUUACACUGUGGCCUCAGAGAGCCCAACUAAACUUGAAAGAGGCACAAUCAGACAGAGGUCCAAAUCCUUUGCUCUUAAGAGACCAAAUCCUCCACGGGAUCCAAGUCCAAACCUGAAGAAAAGGCUCAGGGCGAGAUGCCAGUCGGUCAUUGAAGGCAACAAUCAUAAAUCCUUUCUUGAUAUGGCAUUAUUACAACAAAGACCAAAUGAAGUUCAGCCUUGUGCCUUGAGGCGCUCGCAGUCAGCUACGUUUGAACAUGAGCUGGGAAACAUGCUUGAUGCUUCAGGCCACAAGAAUGUUGUGGGAGAUUUCAGUGGGCCAUACACCUUACCAUCAAUACCUGGACAACACGAUGACCUGAAAUGCUUGACUCCAGAAACGGUUGCACGAGUCCUGAACAAUGAAUUCCCAGAAGUGGAAGCCCACAUCAUAGAUUGUCGAUAUCCUUAUGAGUACGAAGCAGGUCAUAUCAAGGGUGCGCGCAACAUUUACACAAAGGAGGAAAUUUUCAGCGAAUUUAUUGAAAAGCCCAAGAGAAGUCUGACGGGAAAGAAAACAAUUUUAAUAUUCCACUGCGAGUUCUCAUCCAAGAGAGGACCUGAUAUGUCACGCUUCUUAAGGAAUAGAGACCGCGAUGUUCAUUAUCACAUGUAUCCUAAACUGUUCUACCCAGAACUGUACCUCAUAGAGGGAGGAUACAAAGCAUUCUUUGGCAAAUGCAAGGAAUUCUGUGAACCCCAGUGCUAUCUGCCGAUGUUGGACGAAAACCACUCGCAAGACCUGAAGCGGUUUUCUAAGCGAUCCAAAUCAGAAGGAAACAUACUCACGAAAGGAUUCCGCCCUGGAUUAGGAUAUCGCCGCUAAUCCACACUACUCACUCGUCAACAAUCUUCACCUCUACCAGUAGAAGCUCAUAAACAGCUCCUUUUCUCUUGCAAUUUUUUCGUGCUGAAAAUUAUUCCUGACUUGUUAUUAUUUCUCUAAGCAAUAUAAGAAUUGAAUCUUACUCGUCUUGGAUUCCAGUUAUCUUGUUUCUAAAUUCGAGCUCUUCAUUGACUCAAACUAUAAAAAGCUCUCAAUUUAAAUUUUCUGUGCUGAACUAUUUGCACUUAAAAAUGGCCCAUUACCCAACGUGAAAGUGUUUUCAACGAGUGUUUUCGUUUUAUUCAAUUACAAGUAAACGAUAAUUAUUUGUGCAAAUACUGUAGGCUUAGAUAAUCCAAAGCUAUAAUUGAAACGAAAAGAUUGUGUUUCAUCUACUUCGUGUAAUUGUAGGAGGAAUCUGUGUGAGAUGGGUGUGGAAUUUUUUCGAUGGUGUGUUCAUAAUAUGGGCAUUUUUAUCUGUUCUAACUGGCUAUGUGCCUGUUCUUGUGCUAAAUGUGUAAAAGACUUCUGGAAAUGCGGCGCAAAGCUUAAAAGAAUUUACAUCUUCCAGUCUGUAGGCAGAGUGAUCUUUCCUUAAUUAAAUCCUUUUUCUUUCGUAUUUUUAUUCUUGUUUUCUUUUUUUUUUUUUUUUGCUUUUCGACCGUACGGCUACAAGGACUCUAGAGCUAAUGUAAUAUUUGUGUAUAGUAUACUGUGUAAAUAACUUUUCUUGCUAGAAUCUGUAAUAAAGUAUCUUAAAAUGAA